UCCGGGCAGCGCUGCAGAGAGGCCGGCGGGCGGGCAGGAUGCGGCGGCCCGGGGCUCUCCUCCUCUUGCCGCUGCUGCUGCUGCUGCUGGCCUCGUCGUCGUCGUCGUCGGAGGAAGAGGCGCUCUUCAAGGCCUGGCUGCAGCAGAACGGCAAGCGCUACCCGCACCCCGCGGACUUCCAGCUGCGCUUCCAGAUCUUCCUGGCCAACAAGCAGAAGGUGGAGAGGCACAAUGGCGGCGGCAACCGCACCUUCCAAAUGGGCCUGAACCAGUUUGCAGACCUGACCUUCCAGGAAUUCCGGAGGAUGUACCUUUUGCAGGAGCCUCAGAACUGCUCGGCCACGAAGGGCAACUUUGUGGGGACAGCUGGGUGGCAUCCAACGACUAUGGACUGGAGAAAGAAGGGCAACUACGUGACGCCCGUCAAGAAUCAGGGUCCCUGUGGGAGCUGCUGGACAUUCUCCACCACCGGGUGCUUGGAGUCGGCCAUCGCCAUCGCCACCGGCAAGCUGCUGAACCUGGCCGAACAGCAGCUGGUCGACUGUGCCCAGGCCUUCAAGAACCACGGCUGCAGUGGAGGCCUUCCCAGCCAAGCGUUCGAAUACAUCCGCUACAACCUGGGGCUGAUGGGCGAGGACACGUACCCAUACAAGGCCAAGAACGGCACCUGCAAGUUCCAGCCCAAGGAGGCUGUUGCCUUCGUUAAGGACGUGGUCAACAUCACACAGAAUGAUGAAGAGAGCAUGGUGGAAGCUGUGGGGAGCUACAAUCCUGUGAGCUUUGCCUUCGAAGUGACAGAGGACUUCAUGUUGUACUCCAAGGGGGUUUACUCCAGCAAACGCUGUCACAAGACUCCGGACAAAGUGAAUCACGCCGUCCUGGCCGUGGGCUAUGGGGAGGAGAACGGCCUUCCCUACUGGAUCGUCAAGAACUCCUGGGGCCCCCGGUGGGGCAUGGAGGGGUACUUCAAUAUCCAGCGGGGAUGCAACAUGUGCGGUCUGGCGGCCUGUGCCUCUUACCCCAUCCCCCUGGUCUAAGUGGGGGCUGCAUUCAUGGAAGGAGCGGCUGUGCUGCAGGCCGAAGAUGGAGGGCAGACCGCCCAGCCCAAGAAGCAGAGAGGGCUGAACUGAGCCUGGGCCUUGGCUUCUCUCCUGGGAGCAAUUCUGAGGCUGGCCCCUCCCUCUUCCCGCCUCCAUGGCCUCCCUGAGCCCCCUGCUCUGGUCCUGCCUCUACCGCUUCCAGCUGUGCAGCGCUGAACCCCUGCCAGUUCCCCUCUGGGCCUGGCUCAGGCCCACUUCUGGCUCCCUCCGCUCCUGGAGCCAAGUCCUGCUCCUCCAUUUCAACAGUCUCCUCGCCCACUUGGGCACAUCUGUGGGCAUCAGUGUGGGAAUGUGGCAGGAAGGAGAGGGGGCUGGGACCGAUCCCCUUCCAGGCCUCCUGUCUAGCACUCUGCCCAUUUCUUCAUCAGUGACAUGAGAAGUUGGGCAUUCCAAAUGGGUUGGUGCCCCUUUGGGGAGGAGGGUUCCUGUGCCUUGUUUCCUCAGGAUCCACUGCUGGUAGGGCUGAGCUCCAUGCCAGUUCCUAAACGCUUGCACUUUCACUGGAACUGGGAGUGACUUUGCUUCUUUGCACCGGGCAUUCUUUUGUAUUCACUGCAUUUGUGCGGCGGUUGUUCCCCAGGGCAGGUUCAGUGCUGUGGCUCCUGGGGGGGGGGGGGCAGCUGGCCUGCCUGGCUGGCACACCCCUCCCAUGGGGGGGGGGGUCAUCACACUUUGUUUUUAUUAAAGUUUCUUUCUCUGUGCAAA